GAAAGCAGCGACGACAGCUUGCUCUCUGGUUUCAGCGAGGGGCACGACUUCAGCCCUCGUCCACCGAAACCUUGCUGCACCCAGACUACACCGGCUAUGAUGAUUGUGACAUGCGUUGCAAGCAUGACAUGCCCAUGUACAAGUAUGUGUGCUUCGAAGGUGCAAACACCGGGAGGAGAUUUCUUGGAUGUGGAAUGAAGGAGGAAGAGAUGUGUGACAAAAUCCAUUGGGUUGAUGGUGAAUGGCCAUCUACAAUGAAGAUGUGUUUGCUGAAGAUUUGGAAUAUGUAUGAGGAUGAGAGAGACACAAGGAUCCAUGGAAAUGUGGAUUAUGCAACAAAGAAUUAUGAGCUUGUGUUACAAAAAAGGGAAUUGGAGAAGAAGAACCUGGAGCUCCAUAAACAGUUAGGUAACACAUUGGAGCAUGUUGCAGAGCUUACAACCCAUGACCUAGAGCUUGAGAAGGCACAAAGGGUGAAGGCAGAGCAAGAAGUGGCCACUUUGAAGGAAGACAAGAGGAAGCUGGAGUACUGUGUGUCUGAUCUUUUCAAUGCAGGCCAUGUGAUGAAGGACAAGCUGAAGAAGAUAGCUGAAAUAGUGAAGGAAUGAUGGUUGCCUGAAACUAUGUAGC